AUGUCGACAGCCAACUACCUGCUGACCGAGGAGCAGCUCCUGUGCUGCAUCUGUCUGGACGUCUUCAUCAAUCCCGUCACGCUGCCGUGUGGACACAACUUCUGCAAAAACUGCAUCGUGCAACACUUGAACUUUAACUCCCAGCGGCAGUGUCCCAUGUGCAAAGAGCGAGUGGACAGAAAACACAAGCUGGGGGUGAACACCUUCAUUUCAGAGAUGGUUGUUCAGUUCAGACAGUCGGCUGGGAGGAAAACCAUCUCGGAGCUACAAGUAGAAACACCAGGAAUCGCUUCCCAUGAUGUUCCUGCUGAAUCUAAACGGAUCCCUUUGAAGAUCUGCCUGCUGGUACCAUUUAUCCUCACGUGUCUGAGCUUCUACUUUGUAGCCAACAUAUGUUUUUAUCAAACAGUGUCGAGUUUGAAAACUCUGCAGCUGUUUGAGGAAGACAUGGACACCAAGUGUACCGAACACGACCGACCUCUGCAGCUCUACUGCAAGAAUGAACAAAUCCCUGUAUGUCAAUCCUGCGUUGACUCCAGCCACAGAUUUCACCACGUGGUUCCUCUGAGAGAAGAAUAUGAAGCAAAGAAGGCAGAAUUGGAGGGUAAAAUCCACUGGAAGAUCCAGGAGAGACGAGUGAAGAUCCAGGAGCUCAAACACUCGACGGAGCUCAGCAACGAAGCUGCAAACAAGGAGAUGAAAGAUGGCAUUCAAGUCUUCACGACUCUGAUUCAGUCCCUGGAAAAAGCAAAGACGGAGCUGAUCGGGAUGAUCGACGAGAAUCAGAAAACGACCAAGAAACAAGCCAGAACUUACAUCCAAGAUUUAGACGGGGAGAUCCUGGAGUUGAGGAGGAUUCGAGCCAAGGUGGAGCAAAUCUCAAGCUCUAAAAAUCCCCUUCAUCUUCUUCAGAGCUUCUCGUAUCUGAACGGUGCUCCAUUGGACAAAGACUGGACAGACGUUAGCAUCUGUCCGACGAUGUAUGAAGGACUCCUGAGGACAGCGAUGGUGAAGGCAGUGGCUGAGCUCACGGAGACGGUCAGGGAGGAGAUGAAGAAGCUGCAGGAUGUCGAGAUAAAGAUCCAGCAGGCAGAAAUAACUUUGGAUGCGGAUACAGCUCAUCCAGCUCUAAUUCUGUCUGAUGAUGGGAAACAGGUGCACUGUGGUGAAGUUUGGACGAAACUCCCAGAAAACCCAAAAAGAUUUGACCCAGCGAUUAACGUCUUAGGAAGGCAGAGUUUCUCCUGUGGAAGGUUUCACUAUGACGUCCAGGUCAAAGGGAAGACUGGAUGGACUUUAGGAGUGGCCAAAGCUUCGGUCAACAGGAAGGGAGAAAUUAAACUAAACCCAGAGAACGGAUACUGGACAAUACAUCUAAGGAACAGAAAAGAAUACUUUGCUCUUGCUAGCUAUCCGGUCCCUCUUUCAGUGAUUUCCAAACCUGAGAAGAUCAGAGUGUUUGUGGACUAUGAGGAAGGUCUGGUUUCUUUUUAUGAUGUAGAUGCUGCGCUUCUUCUCUAUUCCUUUACUGAAAGCUCCUUCACAGAGAAACUCUACCCUUUCUUCAGUCCUGGUGCCAGUGACAGUGGUAGAAACUCUGCUCCUCUGAUUAUAUCAUCAAUUAAUACAAAUUAG